AUGGCUUCUCCGUCUGGCCCUGAGGGUGUCCAGGCCAAGACCGCGGGCGAAGCAGGCAGCGUCGCCCGAAUUGUUCUUGUGGGAGCUGGCUCAUGGGCGCAGGGAUGGCAUCUGCCACACCUGCGACGCAAUCCAGCUGCGGAGCUGGUAGCCAUCGUUGACCCAGCGGAAAAGACUUGGAGCAAGUACAACUCGGACAUGAUGCCGACGGCAGAGCUCGCCGCGUCCUACGGCGUGCCAUUGUUCAGAAGCUUUGUGGACUUCCUGCAGUCUGAUCUCGCGAAGAUGGCAGAUGGCGUCAUCAUCUCCACGACGCACUCAACUCACUGCGAAAUAGGACUACAGGCGGCAGCGGCCGGCUUCCACAUUCUCGUUGAGAAGCCCAUGACGGCCAACGCCGCAGAGGCUGCCGAGUUAGCAGCUGCGGCGGAAAGCAUGGCAGCUGCGGGCAAGGUGUUCAUGGUAAACCACUCUGCCAACUUCACUCGCCACGCGCUUCACGCCCGGGAGCUCGUCCGUGAGCGCCUGGGGGAUAUCGAGCAUGUGACCUGCUACAUGAUUCGAGAGCGGGAGUUCUUCGAGGAUCCGCUCAAUCGGCUUUGGGUCAGCGCGGAGGGCUCCAUGACCGGCAACGGGUUUGCAUGGGGGCAGAGCUGCCACACCUUGGCCUGGGUCUACAUGGUGACGGGGCUCGAGCCCGAGAGCGUGUUCUGCAAGAUGACAUACUCCAAGAUAACUGGCGCAGAUGUGUUCACAGCUGCGCUCAUCCAGUGCGCCAAUGGAGCCACGAUCUGUUGCCAGGGCCUGGCGGGCCUACCUGGUGGCAAUGCCGUGGGCUCGACCUCCAAGAGAGGGAAGCUCAUCGAGAACAAGAUCUUCGGCUCCCAGGGCUGCCUCCUCUACAGCGGGGACGACGCCGACCCUGGCUCCGGCCGCCUAGAGGUCCUCCUGAACGACGGGUCCACCGAGGUGGAGGAUGGCUUCUUCUUCGAGAACACCUCGAAGGAGGGCCUGGGACCCGAGUCGCUACGCUUCUUCCUGGCCGCCUGCUGCGGCGGCGACUUCGUCAACGCGGCGGAUGCGACGAUCGGCCGCUAUGUGGUUCAAACCAUCGACGCCAUGUACAGGAGCGCCAAAGAUGGCGCGGUAGUGAAGGUUUAG